CCAUGUCAAACUACAAACGGAGGCGGAUUUUUGGAGUCGUGUUUACAUUCUAGUCUGAGUUAGUACACUUUCUUUCUCCUCCUGAUCUAACUUGUUAUCAUACAAUCAAUUAAUUAAUUAAUAACUCUCCCUCUGGUUAACCAGUUCAUAAUGGUGUGGGAUUCUAACUUAAAAAUUUGUACAUUGUGUAACACUUCAUGUAAAACCGCUCAAAAUUAUGGUCGUCAUUUUUCAAAAGUACAUGAUCAAAGUAAUCCAGAGGAAUGCGUGGUUCCUGAUUGUGGUUAUCGUUGUAAAUCUGCGCGCGCUUUAAACUAUCAUAUUACAAAAGAUCACAAAACACCUGGUAUUAAUGCCAUUCUCGAAGACGGUCAAUGUCAAAUAUGGGCAGAGAGAUUGAAGUUAAUUUGCACAAAUGAGCAGGUUGGAAUGUACGUUGGUUUGUCUAAGUUGUAUCACGCCUACAGAGCCGCAAAUUCACACCACGGCGACACUUCUCGAUGUGCUGUAAUGGAUUUUGAAUCUGAAGGGCUGUGUAAGGGAGAUCACAGAGGUGCGAGAACGCUUCUUAUUGUAACACCAGAUGCGCGUAAAACGGGCCAGACUUAUCCGGAAUUCAAGAGGAAAUUCAACGAGAAAAUAUGGGCAUACAAAGUAUAUGCCAGAGAACAUUUCUUGAACCCCAUCUUUUCUAAUUUUCGAUCGACUUACGUUUUAAGUACACAACAAAAGGAAGAGAUUCAGGAAGCCAUUUUAAGGUCAGACUUCAAAGACCAGCAUUCAAAGACGCCUCAAAGAUCUAUUAUCUACCGUGAUUGGAGAAAAUCAGAUGUUGGACGUAUGGCUAGAGCUGAGACAGCAGGAUUCAGACCAUUGGCCAAAUGGGAGGACAAAAACGAAAACGCUAAUGAGCCAAUUCCCGACAAUCUGGACGAACUGCAUAAAGUUCUUGGCAAUCUGGACAAGCUGGGCAGACAAGCAGCCCGUGAAGAGCUGGACAAACUUUCACAAGAGGAAAAGAUUCGAGACCGAAGGGUUCCUUUGGCACCCAAACGGGUUGUCGAAGAUGAUGAUGAUGAUGAUUUUAGGCCCACAACACCAAAGAAGAAGUCGGGUGGAGAAAGCUCGUCAUUUAAUUAAAAGUAUUUUUCUAAAUUUCGUUUGUUAACGCUUUCCUAAUGAAAUAAAAAAUGAAAUAAAGUACCUGGCAAAAUA